CACGGGAGUUCUGCUGGUGCUUUAGAUACAGGCGACUGCCGGAUGGCCAGCCCACUGCAGACAUCUUAGCUGUUCUUGUUUGUAGGGCCGUUGCCAGCGUCCGCCCGCCACAGGACGCCCACCGCCCCCCUCUCCAUCGCCGAGGCAGCGCGGCUCCUGAUUGGCCGGCCGCGCGGCCGUGUCAGCCACAGCAACGGCGGUCGAUCGGCGUAGAACGGGGGUAAACACCCGUGCACCGCUGGAGGGAGAGAGUGCGGUGUUUGCUCUGUUUGGGUGUCGAAGCGCGGGAGAAGGUGAGGAGCGGGAGGACAGGAGGAGAGAGGAAGAAGGAAGGAAGGACACAGAAGAUGAGCACAAGAGAAGAGACAGGAGCAGGCUGCGGACAGGCACAGAACCCCGGUAGAGUGAUUCUGCGCAGCACACCCCCUCCAGCACACACACACACACGCACAGCAUGUCUGCAGUAGCCAUUGAACAAUCCAACAAGCCACAGCCUUCGGCAACCAUCGUGGACUCGGCGUGGGACACAGCGUUGUCCAACGCCAUUGUGAAGACCGGGCUCGGGUUCGGGGCCGGUGUCGUCGUCUCCGUGCUCCUGUUCAAGAGAAGAGCGUUCCCUGUCUGGCUGGGCGUCGGCUUCGGGCUCGGCAGAUCCUACGCGGAGGCAGACUCCGUCUUCAGACAGGCGGGCCUGAGAAAGAAAAUGACCAAUACCGAACCACUUUACGCAACUCAUAACGAAUUCAGAAGUGAUACCUUCACUGUUCCAACCAGAAAGAUGCUCGAGUCCGUUCUUACGUGCACUACCGGUGACUCCGUCUAUAAGGAGGACCAAGACUGCCUUGAUCUCGAGGAUAAGGUGGCGAGGCUUUGCGGAAAAGAAGCUGCGCUAUUCUGCUCUUCCGGUACCAUGUCUAACCAGAUUGGUUUAAGAGCAAACCUUUUUCAACCACCACACAGCAUUUUGUGUGACUACAGAGCCCACGUAUACACCCACGAAGCAGGUGGUUUGGCAACUUUGUCACAGGCGAUGGUGACCCCAGUCAUUCCCGCCAAUGGCGACUACCUCACCCUGGAUGACAUCUUGGACAAUUAUAUUCCUGACGAUGGUGACAUUCACAUGGCACCAACUAAAGUGAUUUCCCUCGAGAACACCCUACAUGGUAUCAUCACUCCCUACGAAGAAAUCAAGAAAAUUUCUGCCUGGUGUCAGGAAAACGACAUCAAGUUCCAUUGCGAUGGAGCAAGACUUUGGAAUGCAGCCGCCGAAACCGGAAUUUCAAUGUUUGACUACUGCACGCUCUUCGACUCGGUUUCACUCUGCUUGUCCAAAUCCAUUGGUGCUCCUUACGGGUCAAUCUUAGUCGGUAGUCGUAAAUUCAUCGAGAAGUGUAACCACUUCAAGAAACAGAAUGGUGGUGGUAUUAGACAAGCAGGUAUGUUGGCAAGAAUGGCAUCGAUUGCUAUCGAUGAUAACUUUUCCAAGCUUCAGAUCUCCCACAGCUAUGCUAAGGACUUUGGACGGUUCUGUCAAGAACAAGGAAUUCCUUUAGAGUCCCCAGUGGACUCUAGUUUUGUUUUCUUGGACUACAAGAAAGUGAAGAUAAAUCCUCAUGUUUACGAGUUAGCAUCAAAGAAGUACAACGUCAAGACAAUGGGUAACAGAGUUGCUUUCCAUUACCAAAACAGCCCAGAAUCGAUAGAAAACCUCAAACUGGCACUUCUUGAAGCUUACAAGGAUUCUCUCGUUAAUCCAUACUACACCAAGGGGGCUUCCAAAUUGUACCGUUCAAGUUCUUCUGGCUCCGAUCAUACUCUAGUGGAAAUGAAUGCUAUUGCUGAACGGAAGGCCAGAAACUGAAACAACUAUCGCACAAAAAACUUUACUAAGCAUCCUAAAAUUAGAACUACGCUACGGGAUUAUAUUUCCCUUUUUAUCUAUACAUUAUGUAAAAAUAUAACAAGAUUCUGACC